ACUGAAACGUAGCUCAAAAUCACAUCAUAAGUUUGAUUUCCCUGAUACUGUUUACGUUUCCCGUUAAUCUCAGAGAUUUGUGGACCGAUGCUAUCUGAUUGAGCAACAGAUAAAAAGGAAUGUACAUGAAGUGCAUUACCUAAGUACGCGAGGAACGUAUAGAGGAUAGGGGAGUGAAAUGAAGACAAGCCAGUGAACCAAGCAAGCCCGGUGGUUCAAGUCAUCGUCAUCAUUAGCAUGUUGCCUAGGGCGGCGAGGGGCAAGCAGGGACCUGCCCUCAAUGUCCUGACAAGAGCCAUGUCGAAGACAGCGGCACAGAACAAGCAGGUUGUCCACGAUGAGGAGAACAUGGAAUUUUACAUCAAGCUUGGGGAAGACAAAGCAUAUUUGCAGUACGACAUACUGAAUCCGAAGACAAAGGCAGUUGACCUGCAGCACACGGUUGUCCCUGAGGUGUUCAGGGGACAGGGAAUAGCCAAGGUCCUUGCUAAGGAGGUGUUUGAAUAUUUUAUCAGUAGAGAUCAACAGAUGAAGCUAACUUGCUGGUACCUCAAGAAGUAUUACCAGGAUAACCCUCUACCUCAGUACACAGAGAAGAUCAUUCAGUCUUAGCAAAGGUCCCUAUUUAGUGCAAAUGGAAAACAGUAAUUGUGAUAUUGGUUUUAGGAACUGCAGAUAAUGCUAAAUAAAGUAUUAGUGAAACAGACAUAAUUUAUUAUAACAUUAAUAGUAUUCAUGUUAGUUAAUUAGUUAUCAUCUACCUCUUAUGAAGGAAAAUAAAUUCAUAAUGACUGACUUGUUUGGUAACUGAAAUGUUAAUAUACAAUAGGAGUUCAGAGCACUUGAGUAUUCAAGAGAAGGGCUGAGAGGAGGAAGGCGAUUAGAGCAUGAAGGGAAGACAAGAACAGGAAUAAAGGACUCUUGUGCUGCAGUCUCCUGGCUACAGUACUUAGAAACAGCUGUCUGACAGAAACUAAAUAAGGAAGAAAAGUACUAGGUAAAAAGCUGUCCUAAUUAUGCAUUACUGUACAGUACUUCCUGAGCUUUUCCUGAUAUGCCAAGACAACUCCCUAUUCCUCUAACAAGGAAAGACAUAUUUAUAAGAAACAUGUGCUGUAAUGUCUGGUUAGCUUACCUGUGAAUAUUGUCAUGCCUGCUAAAUGCCUCUUCUGUAUGAACAUGCUCUAUGUGGUGUGUGUAAAACACUCAGGGUGUUUCCCACGGUUGCCUGACUCCCUAUCCUGUUCAGAAGGUAAAAGACUAGGAAAUUAAACAGGCAAAAACAGGUCAAAAUAUUUAUGAUAAAUGCAGUCAUCUUUUCUUUGGCUUCCACAAUCCACAAUAUAUAUAUUCUAAUGUCUGUCUAGAUAUUUUACCAACAAUAUGCAUUAACAACACAAAGCUGAACCUUAACCAAAUGUCAUAAAUCAAAUAAUACUGUACUAAUAUAACUUUUUUAUAUUCCAAAUCAUGUCAACAAUAAGUAAAGUUGUACCUCCUACCACUUCCUUUAUUAAAAGACAGUAACACUGAUAACUGAAUUUGCACAAGCAGUGACAAAUUUUACAAUAAUCUGAAACUUAAAUUUGUGCAGUCACCAAAAAUUUAGUUUUACAUGAGGCAUAGUGAAGCAGGAAUCACAGACCACUCAAAUCAACAAAAAAUGCUGAUUAUAAUUUUCAAUACAAAUCUUAUGAUGGUCCAGUCACGAGAGCCUCACAUUUAAAUGAUGAGGUCUCACACACACACACACACACACACACACACACACACACACACACACACACACACACACACACACACACACACACAUACACACACACACACACACACACACAAUGAGAG